GAAAAAUCUUAAAUAGAUUGCGUUUUAUGAAAUGGAAUUGAUAGUUGCGUUGGCGGCAUAGCUUAUCCUCUACGCUAAUGGACGUCAGAAUCCCUCCCAAAAACCAAAAUUUUGAGAUAAUAUUAGGUUCUUCGUCGAAGGCCCGUCGCGAGAUUCUGGCGGAGAUGGGCUAUGAUUUCACCAUCCUGAGUGCAGAUAUAGAUGAGAAAAGUAUCAGGAAGGAAAAACCUGAAGACCUUGUGAUGGCCCUAGCUGAAGCAAAGGCUGAUGCUAUUAUGAAGAAGCUCAACAGAACUGCUCAAGUGGAGGACAUAUCACGCUCUACCCUGCUGAUAACUGCUGAUACAGUGGUGGUGUAUCAAGGGACUAUUAGAGAAAAGCCGACAUCUGCGGAAGAAGCACGACAGUUUAUUAGAGACUAUUCUGGUGGAUCAGGCAAAGUUGUGGGAUCAGUAGUUGUAACUAACUUGGUAACAGGUAGUAGAAAAGGAGGAUGGGAGAGUGCAGAGGUUUAUUUCCUAGAUAUACCUGAUGAAGUCAUUGAUAGCCUGAUUGAGGAGGGAAUAACUUUUAAUGUUGCUGGAGGUUUGAUGCUUGAACAUCCACUGAUUUUGCCUUUGGUAGACACUGUGGUCAGACUCUAUCUCUCUCUCUCUCUCUGUAGGAACUGCUGAUUGCGUGAUGGGACUCUCAAAAACAUUGACAGAGAAACUUAUGCAGGAGGCCCUAGUUGAAUCCAUGGUUUAGUUAACACAAAACAAACAUGGAAAGAUUCGCAUACUUGUGAAAUAUUGUUUCAACCAUUGCUCUCCAAAUGAACAACUAGCGUCCAUCAUUACCUAAAUAUUUCGAUUGUGUAUUUCUGCAA